AGUGUACGAAUACCAAAACAGAUGCACACACGUUUCGCGAACUGUGACAUGUAAAGCUUAUAACCACAGAUAUCUAAAAUGUUUAACAAGCUGUUUAUUGUUAUGUUGUAGAUCAACGCAGAACGUUGUUACAAAGGGACUGCAAUUGCUGUGUUGGACACUUCGGUACAACAUGGAGGAAGAUGAUGGACUGAAGGAUAACCUCCGUCUACAGUUCCAGGCUCUGCAGGAGCAGCAAGAGAAGCGUCUCCAGAGAAGACUAGAGAAACAGAAGAAAGAUCAGAAGGCCACUGAGAUCCUGCACGACCUGAACCUGUCCCAGCUAGACAUUCAUCACGCGGAUGAUCGUAGUAUAAAGCUGUUACAGAAUGAAAAUGAACAGUUGCAGGACCAGGUGAGGGAGCUGAGGGAUGGAAAUGGCCGACUAUUCAAACUAGUGAGUGAGAAAGACUUUGAGAUUAAACAUCUGAAGAAGAAGAGGGAGGAAGACAGGCUGGCCUUAGCAGGCACAUCUGGCUUGGCGGGUGAUGCGGCAGCUACCAAGAUUGUUGAGCUUUCUAAGAGGAAUCGAGAGUUUGCUUCUGAAAUGGAACGAGAAAAAGUUAAAGCAAAGCAAACCAGCAACAGGGUAAAAGAGCUUGAGAAAGAGCUCCAGGCUGCUUUGUUGCUUAGUCCUCCUGGGAAAAAGAUGGAUGUAAAGCCACAAGACAUAAGGUCAUCUCAGGACUUCCUGGAGAACAGUCCAGUGGUAAAAUCUCUACAGGAAAAACUAUCUGCUGCCCAAUUCAAGAUGACAGAAUAUCGAAACCAGAUUCAAGCUGUCAAGCAGGAAUUGAAAAUAGCUCAGAAGGUGUUAUCCAGUGAGGUAGGAGAGGAAGUCAAUAUCCAGCAGCUACUGACCAGCUCAGGGAACUGGAGAGGUCGCUCCCAGCAGAUACUGGCUCUCCAGAGCAGGGUUCGGGACCUGGAGCAGCAGCUGAGCCAAUCAGCUCAGAGGAAGCAGCCGUCAGUCGUCAGCGUGGAGGAGGAGCUACUGGGGGGCGGGGGCAUGCAGAAGACACCCCCCGAGGACAGGAACCUCAGCUACAUCCGCAAUAUGGAGAGGGAGAAGAGAGAAACUCUGGAGAGGAUGACAGGGGACUAUGAUUCCCUCAUGAAGGACCACAAGGAUGUGAAGAAGAAGCUGGAGGGCUCCAAGGCCAGAAACCAAAACCUGAGCACUGAGGUGAAAUCACUGAAGGCCCAGAUCUCCACACUGCUGGACAAAGGAAAGCAUGAUGAUGAACUGGUGGAUGCCUUACUGAAGCAGCAGAGCCAGCUGCAGGAGGUGCUGGGCAGGCUGAGCCAGCAGGACGCGCAGACCAAAGAGAGCCAGCAGAACCUGGGGCAGCAGCUGAGCAGUGAGGCCCAGAGACACACAUCCCUCAUUCAUCAGCUCAAACACAUGGUCUCCGAGAGGGAGGCCAAAGUCAAAGAGCUGGAGGACGAGAUACAGCAACUGUCCUUAAUGAGAGAGGAUGGCGGUCAAUCAGGCCCCAAGACUACCACUGGCAGUUUCCGGCCAUUGACAGCAGGGGGAGACAGCAGUAAGAGGAUCAUCUCAGCCCGUUCAGUAUCUAAACUUGGACAUAAACUAGUGGAGUCAGCAGCUGGGAUCAGUUUAGAGGUCAGAGAUGCAGCAGCUCCUUCGGGUUGUCAGAACUGUUCAGAGGAGGUGAGGUCCCUGAAGGCAGAGUGUACAGCGUUUCGGACCCUUUGUGAGGCUGCAUGUGUGGAGAGAGAUAGGCUCCUAGAGCUAGUCAAGCUCCAGCAAUCCAGGGAGGAGGAAGGGAAGCAGAGGUGCCUAGGGGCAGAGCAGAAAUUCCAAGGAGAACGCAGAAGGGCCGUAGCCCUAGAGCAGAAGCUAGAGAAGGCUAAGAUGGAUCUGGGCAAAGGAUUGACUCCCAGAAAAACUAGCAACAAGGGCACUGGAGGAGCCUUGUCUAGUGGGAGACCGAGGGAAUCAUCAUCCCCUCGAAGCCCUCCUGACCAUUCCAGGGAGGCCCAAGUCAUUGAACUAAGUACCCAGCUGGCGGUGCUGCAGGGGGAGAACGAGGCUCUGAGGGCUGAGCUGAGGAGCACUCUCCAGGCCAAGGCUGAGGACCUGCAGCUCUGCAGUGACAUGAUGAACCGAGUCAACCACGUCUUCCUGCAGGCGCUGCGACAACACAAGCAGGAAGAGGACACAAACCAGGAGAGUUAGUUAGCUAGCUAUAUUAAAGGCCCUGGCUGCUGAACCUGCUGGACUUCAACAAUGUCCCCAAAAAAGCUUUAGUUCCUCUUGUCCAGUCAUAUCAGCUCUGAGGAAGGACAGAAAUGAAACAGGCCUGUCUGUUUCAGCAAUACAAUGUAAUUACUGGUUCCUGGUUUCCUGACUGCUUCCUGCGAACUCUGUUGACCACGAAAAGACAAUUACCUGCUUUGAUUGCCAUCCCGGAGGACCUGAGCCCUAGGACCAUGCCUUAGGACUACCUGGCCUGAUGACUCCUUGCUGUCCCCAGUC